CCCGUGGGGGCCCGUCUGCUCCGCGGCCGCCCCCCCAUGAGGCGGCGCCCCCCCGCGGGGCACAAGCGGGGCCUAGCUGGAGCCGCAGGGCUUGAGAGAAAAUUUCAGGCAGACAACUUUGAGACCCGACAUCAUGGAGACGGAAAGUGAGCAGAACUCAAACUCAGCCAGUGGCAGCUCAGGCUCUGGAGGAAGCACUCGCCCUCAGAUAUCGCAAAUGACGCUCUAUGAGCGGCAGGCAGUACAGGCACUUCAAGCGCUGCAGCGACAGCCCAAUGCAGCCCAGUAUUUCCAUCAGUUUAUGCUCCAGCAGCAACUCAACAGUGCUCAGCUCCACAGCCUGGCUGCAGUGCAGCAGGCUACAAUCGCAGCCAGUCGACAAGCGAGCUCUCCAAACACAAGCACUCCUCAACAGGCAACUACCACGCAGGCUUCGAUAAAUUUGGCGACCACAUCAGCUGCACAGUUAAUCAGCCGCUCGCAAAGCGUGAGUUCACCUAGUGCCACCACCCUGACACAGUCCGUGCUGUUGGGGAACACCACGUCACCCCCUCUAAACCAGUCACAAGCUCAGAUGUAUCUUCGGCCGCAGCUGGGGAACCUGUUGCAGGUGAACCGGACGUUGGGCCGCAAUGUACCUCUUACCUCCCAGCUCAUCCUGAUGCCUAACGGGGCUGUGGCUGCUGUUCAGCAGGAAGCACCGCCCACUCAUUCUCCCGGGGUCCACACAGACACGGACCAGGUGCAGAAUUUGGCUGUUAGGAGUCAGCAGACGUCAGCAGCUAAUGCACAGCUCCAGUCCUCCGCUCCAAAGGCUGCUUUGCCUGGGAAUCCCCAAGCCUCAGUACUACCCCAGGCCACACAUGCUGGCCAGACCUUGACAGUGACGCAAGCUUCUUCUGGCAAUGUAGGCCAGUCGCUCAAUCUCAGCCAAGGGGCGGCAGGAAGUAAUGGCGUUUCUGGGGGGGUGGCAUCUUCUGGGGGGAAUCAUGCUACCUCUGGGCUGAGCCAAGCAACCUCGUCUGGCCCUGGGGGCAGCUGCCAGAGGAAAGGCACUGGUGUGGUUCAGCCUUUACCAGUAGCUUCUGCUGCCCAGGCAGUGACUGUGAGCCAGGGCAGUCAGACAGAGGCAGAAAAUGCAGCAGCGAAGAAGGCAGAAGCAGAUGGUAAUGGUCAACAGACUGUGGGGAUGAACCUGACCAGGACAGCUACCCCAGCCCCAAGCCAGACUUUGAUCAGUUCUGCCACCUAUACCCAAAUCCAGCCUCACUCGCUGAUCCAGCAGCAACAGCAGAUUCACCUCCAGAAGCAAGUCGUGAUCCAGCAGCAGAUCGCCAUCCAUCACCAGCAGCAGUUCCAGCAUCGCCAGUCCCAGCUCUUGCACACGGCCACUCACCUCCAGCUGGCCCAGCAGCAGCAGCAGCAGCAGCAGCAAGCUCCAUCUCUGACCCAGCAGCAGCAGCAGCAGCAGGGGCCCCCACAGGCCCAGCAGCAGGCCCAGCCUCUUCAGGGCCAGCAGCAGGCCCAGACCCUCGUGGUCCAGCCCAUGCUGCAGUCAGUGCAGCUUCAGCAAGACAGCGUUUGCCAGGCCACCACUAAGUCGCCUGUCCCAAUCCAGUCCAAGCCACCCAUCGCCCCUCUCAAACUUCCACAACUCGGUGCUGCCAAAAUGUCAGCAUCCCAGCAGCCCCCCCCUCACAUCCCUGUGCAAGUGGUGGGCAGCCGCCAGCAAGGUUCAGCGCAAGCUCAGGCACUGGGGCUUUCUCAGAUGAACGCCGUGGUGCAGCCCCCCCGGGGCAUGCCAGCGGUCGUCCAGCCUGCCCCCCAGUCCCAUACGGCCGCCUCGUUGUCUCAGGCCUCUUCGGCCUCGUUUUCUUCUUCUUCGCCUCCUCUGCUACAAGAAGCCCCUCCUCCACUCUCUGCUGGAGUCAACGUGGCCCAAGUCCAAGGCAUGGCACAGGUGAAGAGCACGGUUUCGUCUCCAGUCAUGCAGGCAUCGCCGGCAGCCUACUAUGUGCAGCCUGUCCAGUUGCCUAGCAAGCCUCAGACCUUGGCAGUCAAGCGCAAGGCAGAAUCGGAAGAAGAGAGAGAAGAGUCCAAUGCACCAUCUUCUCUCCUGGCUUCCAAAUCUUCCCCUGUGGCUGAGAGUCCUAAAGCCGUGGAAGCGAUGAGUGGCCUUGCAAAUGAUGGGAACAAGGACAAAUCUGAGUCCUUCCCCAGUGCCACCCUAAAUGCACCCCCCCGUGACCCCAGCUCUGUCACUCCUACAGCUGCACCUGUGCCUACCUUGGCCAUGCUGUCGCGCCAGACGGGAGACUCCAAGCCUCCACAAGCCAUUGUCAAGCCUCAGAUUCUUACGCACAUCAUAGAGGGCUUUGUCAUCCAGGAAGGGGCAGAGCCUUUCCCGGUUGGUUGCUCUCAGCUCCUAAAAGAGUUUGAAAAGCCCCUUCAGGGAGGAGCUCCAUCUAGGCAGGCUGAGAACCAGCCUAGCAACUCCCCAGGAGGGGAAAGCAUGACAGCAGAGCAAGAUAAGAAAGGGAAUCUGCUGAAAUGUGAGUUUUGUGGAAAAUACGGCCCAUCCAAUCAAUUCCGUGGUUCCAAGAGGUUCUGUUCUGUAACGUGUGCCAAGAGGUACAACGUCGGCUGCAGCCACCAGCUUCGGCUGCAAAGGAAAAAAAUGAAGGAGCUCCAGGAAGCAAACUACGCCCGUCGGAGGCGUGGGCCUCGGCGCAGCAGCUCAGAGAUUGCUCGGGCCAAGAUCCAGGGCAAGCGCCACCGGGGCCAGGAAGACUCAAGCAGAGGAUCUGAUAACUCCAGUUAUGAUGAAGCUCUGUCCCCUACAUCACCAGGACCCCUGUCAGUGAGGGCCAGUCAUGGAGAGCGAGAUCUUGGCAGCUCCAACAUGACUCAACCUACCCCUGACCUACAUGGCAUCAACCCAGUCUUCUUGUCCAGCAACCCCAGCCGCUGGAGUGUAGAGGAAGUGUACGAGUUCAUUGCAUCCCUACAAGGCUGCCAGGAAAUUGCAGAGGAGUUUCGAUCCCAGGAGAUUGAUGGCCAGGCUCUGCUCCUACUGAAGGAAGAGCAUCUCAUGAGCGCCAUGAACAUCAAGCUCGGUCCAGCCCUCAAGAUCUGCGCCAAGAUCAACAUCCUCAAAGAGACUUAAUGACACAAGAAGCCAGAGUUCUCCCUUCUCCAGCCUGGGACCAUUUCUUCAGGCUCUCAAAACUGGAGGGAAAUUGACCUCUCACGAGCCUGAAUUUUGGUGCUACAUAGGGGAGUCGUAACUCCCUUGGAGGCCUUGAAACGUGGUCUCAAGAGCCUCUCGUGUUGUCAGCAGGUUCUCUAGCCUCUAAAUUGUUCCUGAGGCUAACACAGCAAAGGGAAUAGGAGUUGUUCUGUGCUGGAGAGCACCCUUCCUCACAGUAGUUGCUGGAUUUUCAUUCUCCUUCCCGUGGAAUCUUUCUCCUACACAGAUUCACUUUGCAAGGGUCAAAGCUUGGUUUGUGAGAUUGGAAGAUUCCAUUUGGAGCAUGGAGGGGAAUUAAAGUUUGAAAUGUCAUCUUCUCCAAUUCAUAGUCAAUUGGAAGUCAGUAGCAAACUGACUUCGUACAGAGCACUGGAGGCAAAGCGUUGUAGAUGACUUAAAAGAUUGGAAGUUCUUCAUGCCCAGGAAACCUCCCCAAGACAACUUGAGCACUUCUGACUAUGGCAUCAAAGGGGAUUUCUUUUAAAGAUCUUUAAUCCACUUGUCGUGUCUUGUGUGGUUGGGAAAUAUCAUUCAAGAUCCAAAGGAGAAUCCAAAUGGACUGAGGUUCCAGUGGUUUCUAUCUUGCUUUUAAGCGUUUUCGUUUCUCAGUUUUGUAUCUUGCCCUCUUCCUAUGAGAAUCUAUGGAGCAAAGCUUCUUCUAGCAGGUUUGUAUCCCCUGUCAAAGCCUGUUUAUUUUUGUUUAUUAUACAAAUAUUCUCUUCCUCAGUAAAAUGAAUGCUUCAAAAAGU